GCUGGUUCACGUUACUUGGAGAACAGUAAAGAAAAGGAAGAAAGCCGCCGCUAGUGAGCAGGACGCGGUUUGUUUUAGAAAUUAAGGAAAUUUCACAUAAAGAAAAAACCACCGAAACCCAAGCAGGCGGUGAAAAGAACAGUUUCCGUCCGACAUCCGCGUCUGUAAUACAGCGGCCGUGGAAUGUAGUUGUCUACAGGUGCCUUCUAUUCUGCCUGAUAGUAGUGACGGGCACAGGGCAGUCGUCCCAUGAGCUUUGUGUCCGUCUGAAGUGAGUGCCGUGGGCCCGGGCCUGUUCUCUCUGGACCAGUGCAUUUUCAGCACUGCAGUGAUGGAUCACCCCAGAGAUAAAGAAGGCGAGAGGCCGGCGAGGAGCAGCAAAGUGGCUCAGGGACGCAGCGGACACUCGCGACCUUCUAGCUCCUCCACGUCCUCCGGUGUCCUCAUGGUGGGACCAAACUUCCGUGUGGGCAAGAAGAUCGGCUGUGGAAAUUUUGGGGAACUAAAACUCGGAAAGAAUCUCUACACAAAUGAAUAUGUUGCUAUCAAAUUGGAACCUGUGAAAUCCAGAGCGCCACAGCUCCAUUUGGAAUACCGGUUUUACAAAACAUUAGGUAGCACAGCGGAAGGCCUGCCCCAGGUGUACUAUUUUGGGCCAUGCGGGAAAUACAAUGCCAUGGUGCUGGAGCUGCUCGGCCCCAGUCUGGAGGACCUCUUUGACCUUUGUGACCGCACCUUCUCCCUCAAGACGGUCUUAAUGAUUGCCAUUCAGCUGAUUUCCCGCAUGGAGUAUGUGCACUCCAAGAACCUCAUUUACAGGGAUGUGAAGCCAGAGAACUUUCUCAUUGGACGGCAAGGGAACAAAAAGGAGCACAUCAUUCACAUCAUCGAUUUUGGCUUAGCCAAAGAAUACAUCGAUCCUGAAACCAAAAAACACAUUCCUUACCGGGAGCACAAGAGCCUUACUGGCACAGCACGAUACAUGUCCAUAAAUACGCACUUGGGAAAGGAGCAAAGUCGACGGGAUGACCUCGAAGCCUUAGGUCACAUGUUCAUGUACUUUCUCCGAGGCAGCCUUCCUUGGCAGGGACUAAAGGCUGACACGUUAAAAGAGAGAUAUCAAAAAAUCGGAGACACGAAACGGAACACUCCUAUUGAAGUUCUCUGUGAGAACUUUCCAGAGGAGAUGGCUACGUAUCUGCGCUACGUUCGGCGGUUGGAUUUCUUUGAAAAGCCUGACUACGAGUACUUAAGGACCUUGUUCACCGAGCUUUUUGAGCGCAAAGGAUAUACGUUUGAUUACACGUACGACUGGGUCGGCAGGCAAAUUCCUACUCCGGUUGGGUCUGUGCACGUGGACUCCGGAGCAUCAGCCGUGACACGUGAGAGCCACACACACCGAGACCGACCUUCGCAACACCAACCUCUAAGGAACCAGACGGCCUCCUCCGACCGCAGAGGCGCAUGGGAGGUGCAGCCCAACCGGCAAACCAACUCCUAUCUGACCUCCCACCUGGCGUCGGACAGGCAUGGAGGCUCAGUGCAGGUGGUCAGCUCAACGAACGGCGAACUGAACGCAGACGACCCACUGAACAUCCACUCCAAUGCUCCAAUCACAGUGCAGACGGAGGUGGAAGUUGUGGAUGAGGCUAAGUGCUGCUGCUUCUUCAAGAGGAAGAGGAAAAAGAACACCGCUCGGCACAAAUGAUCCAUCACCCUCUCCACCCAGCCCAUUUUAAGAAUGUUCAAUAAAGAAAUUUUAUUCAAAAGAAGACAACAAUGCCCUCAGAAUGAAUUGCCUCAAAGGGGACCUGCCUGUGAGAGAGAAUAGAGACAUGCACAUAUCGUGUAACGCGAAUGCAGGGCUCAUGGACGGUUUCCUUGUAUCAGAAUAUACACACAAACACACUCAUUUGGAUCUCUAAGCACUGGAACAGCAUUGCACUCCUUCAUUCUUCUUGUUUUUUGUUUUUUUUCUUGCACAAUGCGUCAAUCUGUGGUGAGUGAGACGGGUCUAGGAGGGAGUCGUCUCGUGUGUUCCGCCUUUUGUGACAGACCCAGCAGCUCAAGAGAGAAGGUUUGGAGGGAGUUUCACUCAAACAGAGGAACUUCGUUCAUAUAUCGAUUCUUUGCGCCGCCUGCUAGCUUUCACUUCUGUCCAUUGUAUUUUUUUUUUUUUUUCUGCUCUUCCUGACUGCGUGGUCAGAGCCUUAGAAGUUUGUGUAUCUUUUGGACCGAGUCAGCAUAAACAUCAUAAAAAAAAAAAACUAAGAAAACGCUAACUGUCUUAACAAAAGCUAACAGGCCUUUUGUUGUGGACUCUGUACAAGUGUAAAAUGAGCAGCCAAGUCUAAAGUGACUGCAUUGUAUUCAUGGCCUUCGACCCUCAUGCUGAUGCGAUGCAAUGCAAUGAGCUACCUGGUUCUGUUCUGAGGGAUGAGGAAAGCAUCGAGGUCUGAUGCCGGGUCUGCAUUACAGAGCCUCAGCACAUUCCACAGUUCUACUGAAUGCUAUUUAAGCUGCUUGUUCUAAAGCACUCCACCCACUCCGACCUGCCGGCCAGCCAUGCUGCUUUCUCCUCUUGUGAUAUAGUAUCGCUUUAACGUGAAACUUUUCUAUUAGCUGGGAUUCAGAGUUUCACUCACCAGUGAGUCGCUCUGUGGUUCUCUUUGUAUCAAACAUUCUCACUGCGUUUUAUUUGAAUUAAUUUUCCUUGUAAUAAUUUUUCAGAACUCAAUCCCUGGUUUAAAUGUGGCGUUUCUUAUAACUUUUUAAAAAAAAUAAUUAUUACGCCAUAUAAAUGGAAAUGAUUGCCGAAGAGAAUAAUUAUUUAAUGUGCCAGGGUGGUGUCGAGUCAGUCAGUAGGUGACUGACAUUCUUUUUACGUCCCUAUAGUGUAUUUCUUCACACCAUGCGCUUAUAUGUCUGUUUGAACAGAGCGUCAGAAUGAUGUAACGAUUAAUAGGAAAGCUUGCUAACCUUUGUAAUGUGUAAUAAUGGCUGUUUAUGAAGUGUUUCUUGCCUCGUAGCAGUUUCAGUGGGUAUUCAUGAUCAGUGUGCGAUUCAGAUUUUUUUUGUUGUUUUUUUUGUUUUGUUUUUUUAAGGGAACAUGCAAACUGAUGAUGGUAACUCGAGUGCUGUCUUAGAGAGAAUCUCAAACUGCCACUCCUAAUUAUCUCAUCUAAAUGCCUUAACUAACACUACGCAGCAGGGCCGUUUCACAAGGUUCUGUGUUAAGACACUACAGAUCUCUUCUCUUUCUUUUUGUUAAUGUAGUACUCUCCUAUAAUACAAAAAUAAAUCCCUGAACAAGCAGAUCCAAAUUAAGCUGACUCCAAAACCGCAUCUGAUUAUUCUAAAUAUAUAGUGACUACUGUAAAAUGCUUGGUGCGACAUCUCGUUUCUGUUUCCUUAUAAUGCAGUCAUAGGUGGCUCCGUCACAGGUAGGCCCAUGAUCUCUGAGAUAUAGGACGAGGCCAACCUUAGAGUCAACAGGCUCCAUUUAGGAAUCACGAUUUUAGUAUCUGGCUUCAGUUCUGGAGAGCUUUAUCACACCUGAUUUAACGUGUCUGGUUUAAAAGUCUGUCAUCAGGUUUGUAAAACUGUGUGGUGCUCCAGAAAUGGAGUUAGACAAUCCUUUCAUCAAUUAAAUGUACCUAGGGUGUUUCGGGUUUUUUUUUUUUCUUUUAUAGAAAGUGGCUUUGAAGGAAUUACAGUUUUAUCUUAGUAAUGCUGUGGCCUCGUUUUUUUUUUUUUUUUUCUUUGCCCACCAGUGAUCUAAUUCCUUGUUUUUGUGAAUUUUUUUUUUUUUUUUCUUUUUUUUGUAUAGUAAAUGUGAAUUGAAAGUAUAAGAAAUUGUUUAUUUUUUUGUCCUCCCCAAUCACCCAGACAUACAGAAUUUGGAGAGAGAGAGAGAGAUAAAGAGAUAAAAACCAUGAAAAAUAUUGACUGCACUACAUUUUAUUUUUCUGCCAUUUAGUCACCUGUCCUGAACUCUUGCUGUUUUAACUGCCUCUAGCCAGUAUAAGAAACUGUGUAAAGGGUGAGUUAUGAGAUUUGAUCUUUGACCUGACCACUAAUAUUCAAAUAUUUGAAGGUCCCUUUAAAGUAGCACCAUACUAAUUCAAUAUAUAUAGAGGGUGUGGACUAUAAGGGAAACAUGACUUAUUUUCAGUGAUCCAAAUGGUCAUAUUGGACCAAAAGAACAAUAAGGAUUACCUUGAACAUGAUUGUCUAAUUUUGUUGCUUGCUUGAUGCUUUUAAUUGACUUCAUGUCUCAUGUUAAAGUCUUUAUGUACCUCUGAAAUAAUUCAUACAGAAGCAUUCUUUAUCAUUUUAAAUAAUGCUAUGAUGAGUGAAAUCUCUGCUGGAUGAACCUGGUGUCCUUGUAGCCGAGUACCAGAUGUCACUUUGUGUUUGUGGGAAAGGGAUUGUCAAGGAUGGCCUACUUGCCAUUGAACCAACAUGUAUGCAACAUGCAUUGUGAGCAAUAUUUCAGAUGCUUUGCUUAUCUAGAGUUUUUUUUUUUUUUGUUGUUUAAUUCUGCACUCAUCCUGUGUAACUCAAAUCACUUCAGUUCUAAAUUAUUUUGUGGAAAGUACUUGAAUCUUUCUCGCGCUGUUGCUGAAUCUCCUCUGGUGGUGUCUAAAGAGAGGCUUUUUUCUAGCAUUGUUUUUUUUUUUUUUUUUUUUUUUUAUAUAUAUAUAUUAUUUAAACAGUUGUUUCUUGUAUUUUCAUAUUACGUGCCUCCACACAUGUUUGGUGGGAGUUCAGUUAAAUUUCUUUGUUUUUUUUUUUUUGGAUGGGUGCUGCUUGCUGCUGUCAGGUGUGCCUGUGUGCUCGCUUAAGGGAGAACGACUCGUUUGAGAAGACAGGUCUGUACACUUAUCCUCCUCCUAUCCCAUGCUCUUCCAUUUCUCAUUGCCAGGUUUCAGAGUUUAGGGUAGUAACUUGUCUGUCUGUAUGCUGCAGAUCAUCACUCGUUUUGCCCAAAAUAUGAGAUCAGUGUUAUUAAAUAUAAGCUUGGCUUUUGGGUAAAGAAAAAAAAAUCCAAAUCAGCUCAUUUUAAGCUUUGGUUCUAGGGUGAUUCUUUUGGUUUGUUAAUGGUUGGUUGGAUGGUUCUUUAUAUAUGUUAAUAUAAGAAUUAUCCAACCAACCAUUAACAACAUUAUAUAUAUAUAUAUAUAUAUAUAUAUAUAUAAUAUAAAAAAUAAAGUAAGAUUAUUUGACAAGCAAAGGGAGCCAUCUGCUGACCAGUCUCUUUAUAUUAAAAAACCUUAACAGGGAUCACUAUCUUUAAACACUCAACACUGAAAUCCUUGACAUUUUGCCUGUUAUUUAGACGUUGUUCCUUUUUACUGGACUCUUGGUCGAGGUCAACGUGAAGACUACUAGCCAGUUUUAAAACUUCAUCUUUCCAAGUUGGUAGACCAACACGUGUUUUUAUAAUAAUUAUAAUUUCCAAGAGAAGGUGGUUUCCUUAGAAUAUGGUAAUAAAUAAAUAAAUAAAAAUAACCCUGCACUCUAUUGAUGUCUUAAAUUAUGUUUGCAUCACUUGUAGUGAUAAACGUCCAAUUAAGAGUUAAAUGACCGAUUUUGAAAGGCAUAAAGUCACAAUAUUAGUUAAAGGUUCCAGAAUUUCUGCAGUUUAUACAAUGCAUGGCUUAUUUACAAGACCUCACUGGUAAAUACAUUGAGGUGGGACUUUAUUUAAUGUACAGUCUGGGCAUGAACUUUUUACACCUUCUGUUCAGUCGCAAUCUUACAGCUUCUGUAAAAAAGCUGCUUUUAGUUUUUUAACAUCGAAGCUCAGCGCUAGUCCUGUAAGUAUUUUCUAGCUCAGUCUGGGUUUUUUUUUUCCCUCAAAAAAACAUAAUUAAAUAAAAUGUGUAAACAUUUGAAUGUGAAAUUUAUAGAUCUGAUUUAUUAAACGGCACAUUGUUUAACAAAGGUCAGAUUCAACAACACUUCAAUAUUCCAGUUUUCGUCCAUAUUUUAACACUGCCCCCCCCCCCUCCAAAUUGUUUCGUAAAAGAUUCUGUACAACACAAUGAUUUGCUUUUUUUUUUUUUUUUUUUUUUCCCCUCUUUUCAAGUAAUGAAAGUUUGAAUUUUACAGUACUGUAAUUCCUUUCCUGGUUCUGGUCAUAUUUUAAAAAAAAAAAAAAAAGGAAGAAGUCCUCUCAUGCAUUGAAGUCAUAAGUCUGUGUUUAAAUGUGAAUGCAAAUACAUUUGAAUGGUUUCAUUUAGUCACGGGCUUUUGAUUUGGAGGGACCCGGCUUUUUUUUUUUUUCUUUUUUCCUUCCCCCAGUUGUGGUUUUCUUUAUUUUAUAAUUUUUUUUUUUUUUUUUUUUGCAAAAAGAUAACUGUAUUAAAGGCUAUUUUUCCCUGAGGAGUCAUAUGAAGUACUAUACUUAACCUUUCAAAAACAAUUUUUAUUCCCUCCACUCUAAAAGGGAAACUCAAGUUUGCACCCUUUUUAUGUAAAAUAAAGGAAAUUGUCUCAA